GUCUUUUUCUUGCAAAUAGAGCUGAACGACCAAAGAAGCCUUUGCAAAAAAACAUACUACAAAAAACCGGCCGCGUUGUUUCAAUUCGUUGUGGAAGUCUGCCCGAAUUGAUUGUGUAUUUUUUGAUUGCUCGGCCUUCAAAUUUUCUCAGAAAAAUAAAAGUUGUUUAAAAAGAAAUUUUUAAUUUAAGUGAAUAAAAUUCAUUUUGAAUUGACAAUUCUCGAAUAAAGAGUAUUAAAAUGUCUGUAAAAAACGAAAAUGGAAACAACAGCGAUUACAAUGAUGAGCCCAUUAACGAGCCAGAGCAAUUGCGUAAACUGUUUAUUGGCGGCUUAGAUUACCGUACUACCGAUGAGGGUUUGAAAGCCCAUUUCGAAAAAUGGGGUAAUAUUGUUGAUGUCGUCGUCAUGAAAGAUCCCAAGACAAAACGCUCUCGUGGUUUUGGCUUUAUCACAUAUUCACAGUCGUAUAUGAUUGAUAAUGCUCAGAAUGCACGUCCUCACAAGAUUGAUGGUCGCACUGUGGAGCCUAAACGCGCUGUGCCACGCCAAGAAAUUGAUAAUCCCAAUGCUGGGGCCACAGUUAAAAAAUUGUUUGUUGGUGGACUUCGUGACGAUCACGAUGAAGAAUGUAUACGCGAAUAUUUCAAGGACUUUGGUAAUAUUUUGGGAAUUAACAUUGUCUCCGACAAAGAAACUGGCAAGAAGCGUGGCUUUGCUUUUGUUGAAUUCGAUGAUUAUGAUCCCGUUGACAAGAUCAUCUUGCAAAAAAGCCACACCAUCAAAAAUAAAACUUUGGAUGUGAAAAAAGCUAUUGCCAAACAGGAUAUGGAUGGCGGUCGUGGUGGCGGUGGACGCGGUGGUGGUGGCCAAGGUGGUCGCGGUGGUGGCCGUAAUGAUCGUGGUAACCAAGGUGGUGGCGGUUGGGGUGGCAAUCGUCAAAAUGGUGGAAAUUGGGGAGGCAAUAAUUUCGGUAACAAUGGAAACUUUGGUGGCGGACAAGGUGGUGGACCAGGUGGUUGGAACAAUCAACCAGCUGGCGGUCCCUGGAACAGUGGUGGUGGUAAUGACGGUGGUUGGAAUAAUGGUGGUGGCUUUGGUGGUUCUCAAGCCAAUGGUAGCAAUAGUGGUGGCGGUGGAGGUUGGGGUGGUAAUAGCAGCGGCGGUGGUGGCGGCAAUUUCGGCAAUGACUAUCAACAAAGUUAUGGUGGCGGACCUCAACGCAGUAGUUUCGGCAACAACCGUCCUGCACCAUAUGGCUUCAAUAAGGGUGGUAAUCAAGCUGCUAGUGGUGGUAGUAGUGGACCACAAGGUGGUAGUUUCGGUGGUAAUAAUUACAAUAGUGGUGGAGGACCUGGUGGUGGUAAUGUUGGAGGCGGCGGCGGUGGUAACAGAAGAUAUUAAGUAUAAGAUAUGUAUGAACAUUUUAAGUAUCAGCGCUCUGUUGUACCAUAUUUAUAUGCCUUCAAAUCGCUGAAAUAUAACGAUAACAAAUCAUGUUCUAAUUGUUAAUUCUAAUCAAAAAUUUACAAAUUUUUUCCUCCUUCGCAAAUAGGUAAAAAUAGAGCAAAAUACAAAAACUAUCAGACAAAAAGAGAGAGGCAGGCAGGAAAAGGAAAAACAAAGCAAGGAAGAGAAAUACGCUAGGCUCAGGCAGGCAGGCUUAUCAGGCAAUAAAAUAAAAUUUUAUUCAGAAAAAAAUAUCUAAAAAGCUUAAUUUUUUGAAGAGUAUCUUCUGUCUAUCGUCUUUAUAAAGAGGUACAAGGAAAUAAAUACAGCAAACGAUUUGAACACAGCCUGUGUGUAGAAUACACAAACACAAAUUGAUGUAACUCUACAUUUUAGCUAUUACAAACAUGAGCAAGUGUAACUUUGUUUUUUAUGAACCCUGCUUUUUAGGCUCUUAAGCAUCUUAUAUUUUUAGUAGAGUAAAUAAGCUUUUAUUUAUAAACAGAUAUCAUCAAAAAUACCCUUCGGAUAUAGAAUACAAAAAAAAAAAAGAAAUACUUGAAUUAUAAUUAAUAUAAACAAAAUAUGUAGUAGUAUGUAUAAUUCUUUCAUUUGAUCCAAUGUUAAAACCGCAAACAAAACCACCAAUCAAUUAUAAAACUAACUACUCAUUUUAAUAUACAAAAUGAGAUAGCCGGUUUUAUACAAAUAUGUAUUUAAAAAGGUAUUUAAAUAAUAAGAGAAAUCUUUUACAAUUGGACAAGAAACGAUUUUCAACUAACAGCAAAAAUUUAAUUGUUUUGUAUGUAAGAAAAGUACCUAUUUUUUGUGUACCCAGUAUAUAAUUAUAACCAUAUGUAGUAUGUUCGAUUGCCUACUGGUGUUUAUUAUUUUUUCUGGUAUCAAAAUAUACAUAUAUUCGGAAAUAGUAACAACGCUAGCAAGCAGCAAACGAAUAGACAUGAUGGUUUUAUUUUCUAUUUCCAAUAAAUUUCUUUUUUUUAUAUAUAAUUUAAUUUCCUAAUUUGUUUUUACAAGCUAUAUAUGAUCAGUCUUUUUGUCAGUGUAUUUAUAUUAAUAUAUUAAAAAUGAUUUAAAAAAAUAUACCAUAAUAUUUAAUUUUAA